CUUUUACCUUCUGAUACAGGUGUCAGACUUUACUUAGCUAAAGAGGGCAAUGUCGUUGUUCAAAGCUCGGGACUGGUGGUCCACCACUGUCGGUGAAGAGGAGGAGUUUGAUCUGGGAUGUCUCUGUGUAGCCAAUAUUGACAAUGCCAGUGAUGAAUUAGACAAAAUUAUCAUUGGAAGCUACCAUGGCAUAUUAAGAAUCUUCAAUCCGAAGCCCACAAAGGCAGAUGACGGGGCUUGGUCAGGUUAUAAACCCGAGGAUGUUCUGUUGGAGGCGUCUCUACCGGAACCCAUACUCCAGCUGGAGGCAGGGAAAUUUGUAUCAGGGACAGAAAAUUUACAUUUAGCAGUCCUGCAUCCAAGAAAAUUAGCAGUUUAUAAAGUUGCAGUGACAUCUGGUGCUGUGGAACAUGGCAGGCAUUUUCAGCUGAACCUUGCAUUUGAGCAUAAUCUUAAAAGAACAACAUUCAACUUUUGUUAUGGUCCAUUUGGUGGUGUAAAAGGAAGAGACUUUAUCUGUGUGCAGUCGAUGGAUGGCACAGUCUCUAUUUUUGAGCAGGAGAGUUUUUCCUUUUGUCGGUUUUUACCAGGUGCUCUUUUACCAGGCCCUAUAAGAUACAUGCCAAAAUCCGAUAGCUUUGUAACUGUCUCAUCCACAUGGCAGCUAGAGUGCUACAAGUACCAAGUACUAGCUGUAGCUACUGAUGCCAAAACAAAAGAAGAAUCUCAGAACAUUAAAUCUGGAAAAAGAGUCACGUGGGAUUGGUUCUACAAUCUUGGAGAGCAGGCCUUAGAUUUGGUGGUUGUAAACUAUGAAAAUUGUCCACCUUCUAUUAUGGUCUUAGGAGAAAGAAACAUAUUUUGCCUAACUGAAAUGGGAAAGUUAAGAUGGAUGAAGAAAUUAGAGUAUGAACCUAGCUGCUUUUUGCCAUAUUGUUCAGUUGUAGAAAAUACUGUGAACUGUUUGGUGGCUACUCACACUACAAAUUCUUUGAUGGUUUACCAAGACUUUACCCUGAAGUGGGCAGCCAAGUUAGAUUUUACACCUGUCCAAGUUAGACUUGGCACAUUUCAAGAUCUGAAGGGUGUGAUAGUGACCUUGUCUGACAAAGGUCGUCUGGAGUGUUCCUACCUCGGUACAGAUCCGGCUCUGUUCAUCCCUCCUGUUCCCGAGUCCCGGGAACUGAAUUACGCUGAAAUGGAUCGAGAAAUGGCACAGCUUCAGAAGAGAAUCAAGCAGUCCUCACAUAAAACUGUUCUGAUGCCCAAUCUGAAGAAACAGGAAGAUGACUUACAGCUGUUAGCACAAGUCAAUCCCAACCUGGAUGAUGUUUCUAUGGCUACAGAGGUAGAAUUUGAUGACCCUGACCCUGUGCCCUCCAUCACAGUCCGUGUUCAGGUCAAGGCCAGAUUGACCAUAGAACAUAUUAAAAUGCAUGUCCAUGCCAGCUGGCCGCUCAAGGCCAAUGUCACCUCGUUUGAGAUUUCCUCUGUUGAUCCCAGUAAUCCGUCAGAAUUUUUUGUGGCAUUCUUCAUGGUUGGGAAGGCACUGCCUGCUGACAUGUCUAUUUCUGUGUCAGCUAACUACAUGAGUGCAUCAGGUGCUCCAAGAGUUGCCACAGCAAGGGCAAAGCUCCCUAUAAAACUUGUGAUAAAACCAAUUCCACCAGUGAAGAAUGCUGAGUAUAAACUAACUCUGGAUAGUAACAAGCCGCCAGCUAACUUAAAUGAAGUCUUUCCAGAUCUACUUGGUGAGAAUGCAGGAGGACAGGGUGCUGCAUUAGGAUUUCAGUAUUAUGGAAACGGCCCUAUUGUGUCUGUGCUGGCAUCCAAGACUUCUCAGAGGUAUCGCCUUCAGUGUGACCGAUUUGAAGCCAUGUGGUUAAUGGUAAAGGAACUAGCAGGGAGACUAAACAGCCACUUCAAUCGAAGUAAAAAUGACAACUUUACACUGUAUUUUACUGGACAGCUGCCAAUACAGGAGUAUUUUGAUCUGAUUGAUGCUCACUUUGAGCAUAGACUGAAUGCAGAGAGAUGUAAAGAAAUGUUAAACCAGCGAGCUUCACAGUUCCGUGCAAUACAGAGGCGACUGUUGACGCGAUUCAAGGACAAGACUCCUGCUCCAUUAUCUAAUUUAGAUACACUCUUAGAGGGCACUUAUAGACAGAUCUUACAUUUAGCUGAUACAAUAGAAGAGAAUAACCAGUCGCAGGAAGUGGCCGCCCUGAAUCUGUCGAGUGGAACCUAUCUUUUUAAUUACUUGGUUAAGCUGUGGACAACUAUGUCAGAUGAUGAGUAUAAGGUUCUACAGAACUGUAUCUCACCUGUUGUCUCCAGCUCCACAGAACAGGGCUGGCAGGAGUCGGUGGACGCCGCUGUGACACACCUACUGAGGACCACCCUAGCCAAGUCCUCCAAGGACCAGACCCUGAAUCCUCAACCUCUACAGAUACCCGAAGACACCACUAAGGUCAAGAAACACAUCGCCCUCAUGUGUGAUAAACUGGGCAAGGGGGCCAGGCUGCUGGAGGGACUACCUCAGAACUCUAUGGUAAACAUAAGUCCUUCACCGAGAAAGGAGAAGAAAGCCAAAGUUUCUGCUACAAGUAAAACUGUGAUGGAGAAUGGACAUAUAGACAAUAGUGAUGAUACAGAAACUCUUAUAGGAAGUCAGUUUGGACAGCAUAAGAGCAAACGUAACAAAGAGCCAGAUUAUGGAUCUGAUUUAAAUGGACUCUCUGAUUUAUCAAUGCUGGGAUUACCAGCAGAAAACGUGACGUUAGAAAAUGAAAUGUCAGAAAAGAGGAAGAAAAAACAUAUAGAGGCGAUGGUACCCGAUUUAGAUGAUAUGGAGGAUGAACCAGUGAUGCUGGAGAACUAGGGAGCACUACAUAAUUUACAUACAUUUGUGAUAGCCUGAACCAUUGUGAAAUCUCCAGUAUUGAUCUGAAUGAAAUAUUCCGUCCAUUGAGGAAGCAGCGGUUCUGUUUCUGUGGCUGUGUUAUCAACUUUCUGACACCUGUGAUAUUUACAUCCAGUCAGGUGACCUGUGUACUUAUCUCUCUAUUACACCUGUGAUAGCUACGUCAGGUGAUGUACUUACUUCCACACCUUGAUUUCAUAAUUAGUGAUCUGUUACAGAAGGAAGAAUUACUCAUGCAUCAGGUUGUGGAUAACAUUUUUAGAGAAAGACAGCUCUAUCAUUUAUUUAUAACUUAUUGUGUACUUGUACAUGGGAUUAGUAAAUGUUCUUGCUGAUCUCAUCCUUAUUAUAAACUUAUCUAUUUUUGUCCAGACUUGUUAUUUAUUUAUACAUAUCACUUCAAUGUGUGCUAAUUCAGCUUUAUGUUGUUUUGAAAAUUCAUACACUACAUGUGUAUACAUGUAUUUACUAAAUCUAUAAAUCAGUGAAAUGGGGUAGAUGCUGGUUAAAGUGUUUUUGUUUUAUGUUUUGCCUCUUUAAUGUUUUUUUUGCUUGAAUGAAAUAUUUUGUUUGAAUUAAUGUAUUGUAUUCACUGCUACACUUUUGUAAAAUUUACUUUUUAAUUUCAAUCAUCUCAGGUUUUCAUUUGUAAUUUACAUCAAUUUUGACUUUUACGAUAUCUCUUAUUCUAUUCAUGUAUUAUUACCAUUUUUAAGCAUAGAACUCUUUUCACAUUCAAGGAUAUAAAUGAAGAUCAGAACAUUUUAU